CGACGACAUGCAUCACGGCUGGGGCUGCUGGCGGUCUCCGAGGAUCGCUGGUAACAUGACAGACCAGCGGCAGUCGCAGGGUGCAGGAUAUACAUGUUGGAUUUCCUAUCGGUCGUCCGGCUCCUCUCCAUCGUCCACUUACUGCCGUGGCUGCACUCCUCGUCGCCAGGGCCCCGCCAUGCGGCCGACUCCGUGCUGGGGCAACUUCGCGACGCAGAUGCAAUGCCAUGGCGACUCCUCGCCGCCAGCCGAUACCAUGGCUAUGCCUCCGCUGCCGAAUCAGUGCCACGGCUUUCCCCGUCAUCCCCAAUCACGUCUCUCGUCGCUAGCCAGAUUCCUCGUCGUCGACUCGAACUAGUUGGUCACCUCGACAGCACUCUCGGCCAGAGCGAUCUUCGACUACGGGGCAGAGCAGAUGUGCUGGACGGCAGUAGCCCGUUGGUGGUGAGGUACUCGACAUACCACACCGUGCGGCGUGGGUGAGGGUCGUACGAUUCAAGCGCCAGACUGCGGCUCAUGGUUGGAUGCAGUUUGGCGAUGCGCACCUACUAGGUGUCGGCGAUACUGAGUCUAAAAGCGUCGUCAUCUCGCCAUUCGGGCGGGAGCACGCGUGCAGCGAUUCAAGGCCAAGACUGCAGCGAUUCAUGGUCAAGGCUGCAGCAGCGGCAGUGGUGGCAGCCAGCGCCCUAUUGUGCAGCAACCUUUGUGUGCUUAUGCUGCAUUACCCUACUACGCAUCGAUGGGAUUUCGAGUGGCUUUAGCAUUUAGCUACUUAGCCCGUGACCUCCUAACUACGCACAGGUGCUAUUCUCUUGACGAUAGGCAUUGCCUGUACGCAUCUGGCCGUCGU